CUUUGACAAAGGUAUUGUAUAAAAUAUUUUAGUAGGAUUUAUUUGAAGACAUUUUGUUUACAAAUUUUGAUAACCGUAUUAUACUACAUAAAAGCUUUUACAAUAUUUUUAGUUUAUCAUUAGGUACGAUGGAUGAGAAUCGGUUUGUUGCUUGUGCUGCUGCAAUAAGUGCAAUUAUGACGGUGUGUUUAUUGUUAAAAAAGAACAAAAAGAAACGACGCCUUUGGGUGAGGCCCUGGAUUGCUCGACGUGAACAACAAGGAAUUCAUCAUACCUUGCUUCGAGAACUACAAUUUGAAGAUUUAAAAAGUUACAUCAACUAUUUAAGAAUGGAUGAAGAUAGCUUCAAAUUUAUAGCGUCGAAGAUAUCACCAUUAAUUUCCAAACAAAACACACACUUGAGAAAUUGUAUUAGCGUAGAGGAACGUCUUAUGGUGACACUUCGUUUUCUAGCAACAGGGGAGAGUUAUAGAAGUCUACAAUAUAGCAGCCGUAUACCACAAUGCACACUGUCAGGCAUAAUCCCAGAGACAUGUGAAGCUAUUUACCAAGCGUUAAAGGGAGAUUUUCUGAAGGUACCCAGAACCGAGAAAGAAUGGUUAGAUAUUGCAAAGGACUUUGAAGAUAAAUGGAAUGUGUUCAAUACAAUCGGGGCGAUGGAUGGAAAACAUGUACGCAUUACCUGUCCAGAUAAAGGAGGAUCCCAUCAUUUUAAUUAUAAAUCUUAUCAUAGCAUUAUUUUGUUCGCACUUACGGAUGCCAACUAUAAAUUUAUCUACAUAGAUGUGGGGACAAAUGGUCGAAUUGGUGAUAGUGGCGUGUAUAAUAAAAGCAAACUUAAAAAAUGCCUUGCAGAUAACUCUAUUUUGAACAUACCUGCUGGUAAAAAUCUUCCGGGCGCUAAUAUUGCUACACCUUAUGUUGUCUUGGCAGACGACGCCUUUCCACUAAGUUACAAUGUUAUGAAACCUUACCCAUUAAAAAAUAUAACCAGAGAAGAAAAGAUUUAUAACUACCGAUUGUCUCGCGGAAGAAGAAUUGUUGAAAGUAGUUUUGGAAUAUUGGCAAGCCGGUUCAGGGUAUUUUUAACUACAAUCAAUUUAUGCCCUGAAAAAGUCACAAAGAUUGUACUUGCAGCCUGUACCAUACAUAAUUUGUUGAUUGACCGAAGAAAACAUCUGUAUACUUGCCAUGAGAUUAUUUCUAGAAGUAGGAAAGGACACACAUUUUUAGACGUUUUAAGUCAUGAAGAACUUCAAGAAUUGCAAACUCUAACCACUCAAACUCGUACUGUAGGGAAUCGCCAUGGUCGCGAAAUAAGGGAAAAUUUUAAAAUAUUUUAUAAUGGUGCUGGAAAAGUACCAUGGCAAGAAGAAUAUGCUUAAUUUUACUAUUCUGUAUUGGCUUACAUCAUCUGGAGGUGCAAUAAUAUUUGUAGUGGAACUAGUGGAUUGAGACUCAUUAGGCGAUAGUAGCGAUUCAUCUAAAUUAGACUGGGAUUGGUCUGGAUCUGUAGAUUUAUCUAAAAAUGUUAGCAGAGGAAACCAGUAUACUGUUGGUUUGUACAGGUCGUCACUUCUCGCUCCGCUUUUUUUGCUACGCAGGACCUGCAAAAAAUAUUAUGUACAAUAAUUAGUUGUAUU